AUACAGCUCCGCCGCCCUUCUCUUCCCCCUUCCUCUCGCAUCCCACCUAUUUCCACCGCCACCACCACCACCGCGCCACCGCCGGCCGCCUCCAGGGACAGCGAGCGAGAGGGGAGGGAGGGGCCUCGCCGGAGAAGAUGGUGGACGUGUCGCGCGUGCAGAAGGAGCUGACGGAGUGCAACCGGGACUCGGACAUCUCCGGCGUCUCCAUCGCGCUCCACGACGGCGGCUCCAGCAUCACCCACCUCACCGGCACCAUCGCCGGGCCCCGCGACAGCCCCUACGAGGGCGGCACCUUCCGCAUCGACAUCCGCCUGCCAGGUGGCUACCCCUUUGAGCCUCCUAAGAUGCAGUUCAUCACCAAAGUAUGGCACCCGAAUAUUAGCAGCCAAAAUGGAGCAAUUUGCUUGGACAUACUGAAAGAUCAGUGGAGCCCAGCCCUUACCUUGAAGACAGCAUUGCUAUCCCUUCAAGCUCUUCUUUCUGCUCCUGCCCCUGAUGAUCCUCAGGAUGCUGUUGUUGCACAACAGUAUCUGCGUGACAAGGCCACAUUUGUCAGUACUGCUCGCUAUUGGACCGAGGCAUUUGCAAAGAGUGACUCCACCGGCAUGGAAGAAAAGGUGCAGAAGCUGGUCGAGAUGGGCUUCCCCGAGGAUAUGGUGAGAAGCGCCCUGAUGAGUGUGAACGGCGACGAGAACAUGGCUCUCGAGAAGCUCUGCUCUGGCUGAAGGCCCUAUGUGGCCUAUAAGAAGUGUAAAUUGCUUGCCCAUUCAUUACGGAACAACGAUCCUAGCUAAUGCUCCUGUUAUGCCAUUCCGGUUUGGCCUAUAGGAGCGAUAUAUAUAUAUAUAGUGGACUGAACCAUGGGACUGAACUGAAGAGUGCCUAUCAUAACUAGACAGAUUGUCUACCUUAUCUUCUCAUUCUCAUGGUUCCUCCCCUGUCAACCAUGACCCUGAAUUAGUAGCAGGGUCAUGUCGGAUUUCGCCCCAUUUGCGUCUGAUUCAAAGCGUCUGUUUGGCAAAUAACCUGAUGAAUCCGGACGUGAUGGGUCAUAUAUCAGGUAGAGUUGUGAUCUUGGCUGUUCCUGUGUCCUGGAAAGCCUGUGUGUCCGGUGAUUGUGACACGAGUUUCUUGGUUCAGUGUGCACUCUUGACGCUUCUUUGGCAUGAAGCCUAUUUAACUGAAAACUACUCGAUGA